AGUUUAAAUAUCACUCUGCUUCCCAUUUCCCAUAUAACGCAUUGCAGAAAGAAAUAAUAAAUUAAAUAAACGAAAAGGAAAAGCGCCGAACAUCUCAAUAGUUAACGUACGGCGGCGACUGAGAUCGGAAUUACUGAAUCGAUGGCCGACAAUGCUAGCGAGCACGAGAAGCAUGAAUCGGCUGCUGAAUCUCUGAUCGACAAAAUCACGGAGAAGUUUCACGGCUCCGAUUCGUCUUCCUCCGAUUCCGACGACGACGACAAGGGCAUCAAAUCGGCCGCUUCUUCCGCGAAGGCCAAGAUCUACCGCCUCUUCGGCCGCGAACAGCCCGUACACAAGGUUCUCGGCGGUGGAAAACCUGCUGACAUUUUCCUAUGGAGGGACAAGAAAGUUUCUGCUGGCGUGCUUGGUUUCGCCACUGCAAUUUGGGUGCUUUUUGAACUGAUUGAAUACCAUCUCCUUUCACUAGUGUGCCAUAUCCUGAUUCUUGGUCUUGCAAUCAUCUUUCUGUGGUCAAAUGCAUCCAGCUUUAUUAACAAAUCUCCCCCUAAGAUCCCAGAAGUUGUUGUUCGCGAGGAUAUUGUGAUAGGUGUCGCUAACGCCCUUAGGAUUGAAUUCAACAGAGCUUUCGCCAUCCUUCGAGAUAUUGUAUCAGGGAAAGAUCUAAAGAAAUUCCUUGCUGUGAUUGCUGGCCUUUGGGUUCUUUCCAUGCUGGGGAGCUGCUUCAACUUCCUGACCUUGUUUUAUAUAUGCUUCGUUUUGUUGCACACGGUGCCUCUGCUGUACGAAAAGUAUGAUGACCAGAUUGAUGCUUUUGCUGAGAAAGCUGAGGCAGAGCUAAAGAAGCAGUAUGCCGUGUUCGAUGCCAAGGUCCUAAGUAAGAUUCCUAAAGGUCCAUUGAAAGACAAGAAGUUCCUCUAGAUCCUAUGAUUUUACUCAGUCGGGUUUUCUUUAAUGUGUUGCGACUCAGUUUGUCUGAAAGAACCCAUGUUUAGACCAGUUUGUUUCUUCACUCUAUUUGGGUUCGUAAUUUGAAAAGGAUUGAUAUUCUGUUAGGCAUUUUUGACUUUGCGUUGCCACUAUAUUUUUGAACUAAUUUCUACUGAUAGUCGGAUUGUUAGUCGGAAAAGUGUGUGAUAAGUUUCCC